AGGUAGAGAGAGAGCGGAAGAGAGAGAGAGAGAGAGAGAGACAGAGAGGUAGAGAGAGAGCGAGCGAGAGACUGAACAGACCGCAGCAGAUCCCCCAAAUCCAAAGAAAGAAGCCGCAGCAGCAGCAGAAGAAGAGGCAAACAAAAGCAUUCUUGGCUUUGAGUUUCAAGACAAGAAGGAGAGAGAGAGAGAGAGAGAGGGAGAGAGAGGGAGAGAAGAAAAAGAAAAAGUUCACAAUAGCCUACGUUGGGGCGAGAUCAUUUACUCGAGAUCCAAAUUGAGGGAGAAAGGCGUGACAGGACGGCGUCAGUCAGCGGCCACACUCGGCUCUAUCACCACCCCGGCUCCGGUGCACCGAGGGACGGAUUGUCGCGCAGCGGCGCCGCGUGAAGCUUACACCCAGCGGGUAGACAGGAUGAGAGCGACCGGGAGGACGGCGUGGCUGCUGCUUUCACUCAGCUUCCUAUUCCACAGCGCCUGUUCAAACGAUGUGACUACGGUGACAAAUAAUCCUACUAUCACGACUAGGGCACCGACUACGCCAACUGUUAACAAUAUGCCAAAGGUAACUGGUAGUGGCCCAACUGGAGCAACAUUAACUAUUGGUUCUGGUGAGACAACCAUACCUAUCAAGGCAUUAACCGCAAAACCAAUUUCUGCGGUCCCCACGCCUGCUCCCAACACGAUGCCUCCUACAACUAUGUCUACAGACAAGCAAACCCCCACCCAAUCACAAGCACCCACUGUCACAAUCAACUCACCAGCACAUUUCACUACCAUCUCUGGUGCCCCCCCUGCAGUGAGUAAUGGUGCCACUACUGCUGCUAUCACCCUCAGCCAAACAAAGACCAUGCCCAUAGCUGCAACAGCUUCAACAGCUGGAAAAGCUACAACAGCUGACACCAGCAGCAGUUCAGUGGUAUCCUCGACCACUGCCGCGGUGCAGACACCUGGUGCCUCCAAAAACUUGGAGACUCAAACUCAUGUCACACUGCCCUCGGGCAAUGAGGGGACAACCAAGAUUGUGGUCACGACAGAUGCCUCUUUGCCUGGGUCACAGUCCAUGACUCACACCGCCAUCCCCGCUAGCAAAGACAGAAAUGGAGGAACCGAUAAAACUCCUGGGACGGUAACAAGCAGUGAGCAAACAGCACCCAGGGCCACAGAGCCAGCUGUUAACAAAGAGACCACCAGCACCCAACCAACCCUGACCCCGGCAGGAUCUCCCGCAGCAGAGACCACCAACGCUGGAACCACGUUACUGCAAACCACCACCACUACAACCACCACCACCACCACCACAGGAGCUCAGCCAAAGACCUUUUUGUACUCUCUAAACAGCGGACCCGAGAAAGAGGAGGAGAAAGGGCUGGCGGAGGUGUGCAAGCGGCUGCUGGUGAAUCUGCACGAUGGGAACUGCACCCUGAAAUGGCAGCACCACAACGACAAAGUACAGUUUGACUAUGUGGAGAUAAAUGGCAAAGUGAAAACCAGCCUUGCAGCCCAGUAUUAUGAAGAAAUCACCAAGAAACCAACAGAUAGCAAAACCCUGAUAGCCAUCCUGGCGUCCUGCGGAGCUCUGCUGAUCAUGAUCGUCAUCCUGGCCGUUUGUGCCUCGCACCGCCGCAAGCCAUACAACGAGAACCAGCAGCACCUGACGGAGGAGCUGCACACGGUGGAGAACGGUUACCACGACAACCCGACGCUGGAGGUGAUGGAGGUGCAGCCGGAGAUGCAGGAGAAGAAGAUGGCGCUGAACGGCGAGUUCAACGACAGCUGGAUCGUCCCCAUCGACAACCUGCUGAAGGAGGACAUAGCCGACGAGGAGGACACGCACCUGUAGAGAUGGCCCGGGACAGAGGAGGAGAAGAAGGAGAAGAAGAAGAAGAAGAAGAAGAAGAAAGACAAGAAAGCGACAGGACCUGGCUAGUUCCAGCCACACAAAAA